GUCCCUUCCUUCCCGGGGCCGGCAGGCGGGCCUCUGCGUCUGCAGGCGGCGGACGGGCGGACCGGCUCGAUCCCUCCCUCGCUGCCGGCUUCCUUUUGUUUUUCUGGACGGCGAUGAGCACAGGGCCGGUGCGGCGGCUGCGGGCGCAAGGAGGCCCGCGCUCCUAGCCACCCUUCCCGGCCUCGGCGCGCUAGUCCCAGGCAGCGGCCAGCGCCUGCCCCAGCGCGGCGGCGCCGAACUUGGGAUCGGGAAGCCGGCGGACUGCGUCCUGCGUUGGAGCAGGGCAUGGUCUAGUGGCCCAGCCCAGGUCGUGGAACCAGCCCCUGGAGGUUCUGAUCCCUGCUCGGUCUCCGCCUUCACUUGGCCUUGGGUGUCGCGCGCGCCAUGGGCAAGCAGAACAGCAAGCUGCGGCCCGAGGUGCUGCAGGACCUGCGGGAGAACACGGAGUUCACGGACCACGAGCUGCAGGAGUGGUACAAGGGCUUCCUCAAGGACUGCCCCACCGGCCACCUGACCGUGGACGAGUUCAAGAAGAUCUACGCCAACUUCUUCCCCUACGGCGACGCCUCUAAGUUCGCCGAGCACGUCUUCCGCACCUUCGACACCAACGGCGAUGGCACCAUCGACUUCCGGGAGUUCAUCAUCGCGCUGAGUGUCACCUCGCGGGGCAAGCUGGAGCAGAAGCUCAAGUGGGCCUUCAGCAUGUAUGACCUGGACGGCAACGGCUACAUCAGCCGCAGCGAGAUGCUGGAGAUCGUGCAGGCUAUUUACAAAAUGGUGUCGUCUGUGAUGAAGAUGCCGGAGGAUGAGUCCACCCCGGAGAAGAGGACAGACAAGAUCUUCCGGCAGAUGGACACCAACAAUGAUGGCAAGCUGUCCCUGGAAGAAUUCAUUAAAGGUGCCAAGAGCGACCCCUCCAUCGUCCGGUUGCUCCAGUGCGACCCCAGCAGCGCAAGUCAGUUCUGAGGGGCCCGGCGUCUGGACGGUGACAGAGAAACACAGGCUUGUCUCGCCAUUUAAGCUUUGCUUGCAAAAGUGGAUGCCUCCUCAACCUUCCCUGCCCUCCCGGCCCGCCAGGUGACGCGCGGCACCUGCCCGGCCCAGCGGCUGCGCCUCCCCCUCCGCCUGCCCCCCGACCCCGUCUCGUCCCAUCCAGGGUGACUUGCGGGGAUGCCUACCCACAGGACUCAGUGCUCUCGCUUCCAGACGCCUCCCCGCCUGCAGGGGGCCCAGAGGACACCUCCCAGGACGCUGUGGGACUUUCUAAGAUGGCGCCAAGGCCGGCUAAUUUAUUCUGUGACUGCAGGUGCCUCCGUGGGAAAGGUGAGGACAAGGACGGAGGGAGAGUAGACAGGAGGCCCUUCCUGUGCAUGGCACCACCUAGCUCGUCCGUUUUCUCUGACCAAAGCCGCUCGCACGUCUUUCUACUGUGGCCUCCUUUCUCUGGAUAUAUAAAUUAUACGUAUGGUGAUGUGAAGUGUCACGUGUAGGUCCCGUAUUUAAUGCCUCGAUCGCCUCUGAAGCGUGGUUCCCUUGUGGCCUGUGACCCCUCCGAGCCUGGUUCUUUUGUGGUAUUUAUGCCCUCAGUCUGCCCCUUGCAAAAGGAAGUGCAUGCUGCCCGUUGCCGUGGAGACUCUCCCGUCCACGCGGUGAAUGCGGCGUCUGUGUAAGGGCUGUCCUGUUGAUCGGUCCAGCAUUUCCUGUAUUAAAAUGAUCCAAUAAACAGAA